AUGCUUACCAAACAAUUAUUCAGUAAAACGACGAGAAAUCUUUUAUUCUAUUGUAUGUUUUAUUAUGUACUACAUGACAUUUAUUUUGCCUACACCAUGAAUUGGUCCUUCUACCGAUCCAUAGCGGAAUCUGAGGAUUCGUGUCGAAUCAUGUUCCAUGGAUCCGAAUGUUUCUUUUUGUAUUUAAUUGGAGUAUUUUUGAGAGUUUUAUUGUUGUAUUCACACCGUGAAUACAAUUUAAAGUCUCGAUAUAACAAUAAAUCGAAUAUGUAUGCUUCAAUGGCUGUAUCAUUUCUCUCAUUUGUACAAAGUUCGAUUUAUACAUUUUAUAUUUUUGCAUUAUUUUUGACUUUGAAAUUUUUCACAACUGAGGAUGGAUUGUUUUAUGGAAAUAAUUUGAUACUUUGGUUCUAUAGUUUCCCUCUCGCUGGUCUUGCUCUUCCAUGUUCUAUUCUCUUAUCAUAUUGUGGUUUGAAUUUGAAGAAAAGAAACAAAAUUGGGAUUUUCAAAAUUACAACACAAGAUUCUUAUUUUAAAAGUUUGACUAAUCAGUGGAUGUCCACUUCCAGAACGUCCAUUGCUCAUUGA